CACAGUACAGCCCAGCAGGAAACAUCGUGGACCAACAUUCCUUCCAGAAAAAUGUUCUACCACCAGACUCACUCUCCAUAGACUCUAAAGAUAAACAGGAUACAGGUUCCCAACAAACGACCAGUGAGGACAGUUCAAUAGAAAUGAACAAGUUUGAGAGAGAGGCGUUGAAUGCUCACAAUGCAUUCAGGGCCCGACACAAUGCAGCGCCUCUUGUAAUCAAUAAGGACUUGUGCAAGGAUUGCAAGGUGUGGGCUAAUGUCCUCACGCAAGAUGGUGUCAUCGCGCAAAGCCCCACCAACUUUGGGGAGAACAUCUGGUCUAAACCAAGCGCCACUGAAGGAGAAAUCUCAGGCUACGAACCUGUGGAGGCCUGGUACGCUGAAGUGAAGUAUUAUGACUUUGAAAAGCCUGGUCUCUCCGAAAGGACAGAGCACUUCACUCAGUUGAUUUGGAAGGAAACCACAGACAUGGGGAUUGCAUACGUCACAAGUGAUAAAGGAACCUUUGUGGUAGCUCAGUAUAAGCCACGCGGGAACACCAUCAAGAUUGAAAAUUUCACUGAAAACGUAUUACCACCAGAUCCUGCAUAUAGCCAGCCUCCUCCUGAACAAGAGGCUCCCACUACAACCCCAUCAGCUGCGACAAUACCUCCAGAACCUUCAUCUCAACCACCAGAGGCUGCAGAGGAGGGUGCAGCUGCAGAGCCAUUGGCAGAAGCAAAGCCUGCGGAGGGGAAAGCAGCAGAGGGGGAGGCUGCUGAGGGGAGAGAAGCUGAGGAGAAAGCAGCAGAGACAGCACCAGCUGCUCCAAAAGAAGAGAAGAAAAAGUCACAUCGCCACUGCACCAAAAAGAAGGACCCAAAACUAAAGCGAGCUGAACGAAGUCCAUGCGAAUAGGGGUGGAGCUCAAAGCCAUUAAGACAGACCAUAGGCUUCUUCUUGCUACUUGCUGCUUGCAGGAAUAAAUUCGUGGCAUUUAGGCACUUCGGCAAUAAAGCUUCAUUGAAACACAUUUAUAUCUUUAUGUAUCUGUACUGAAUGUAAGACAAUUCCAGUGACUUCUGAGCAAAUAGUUACUGAGAGAAUAUGUACAGUCACUGAUCUCAAAUGAGUGUCAAUGAUGCAACAAACUGCCCAUCGGUCGACCUAAGAUAUAAAACCUGCACAUUGCUGCGCAGUGUCUCAGAGGUUAGCACUGCUGCCUCACAGCGCCAGGGACCCAGUUUAAUUCCACCCACAGGUGA